AUGAUCUCCACCGUUCUGCGAAGGCGUGUCCUGCCUCAGGGCCUGCGCACCAGCCUCUCCACCCACAUCAUCCGCUGCUAUGCCUCGUACCCGCCGCACACCGUCAUCAAGAUGCCCGCCCUGUCACCCACCAUGACCGCUGGCGGUAUCGGCGCCUGGCAGAAGAAGGCCGGCGAUUCCAUCGCGCCCGGCGAUGUCCUGGUCGAGAUUGAGACGGACAAGGCCCAGAUGGACUUUGAGUUCCAGGAGGAGGGAUGUUCCCGUCGGCAGCGUAAGCCUCCCAUUUUCCCCUAUGCCCAUGCACUGUCAUGCAGCCUCGCGCGUUCCAAGCUAACAAGUCAGCCCAUCGCCGUCCUUGUCGAGGAGGGCACCGAUGUUAGCGCCUUCGAAGGGUUCUCCGCCGCCGACGCUGGUGGUGAUGCCCCGGCGCCCGCCCCCAAGAAGGAGGAGAAGUCCGAGUCUUCCUCCUCUGCCUCCGAAUCCGCCCCCACGCCCGCGCCCGAACCCGAGGACAACGGUCCCGCCGGCAAGCUCGAGCCCGCCAUCAACCGUGAGCCCAACGCCUCCAUUGGUGCCGUCCGCCUCGCCCGCGAGAAGGGCGUCAAGGUCGCCGACAUCAAGGGCACCGGCAAGGGUGGCCAGAUCACCGAGGAGGACGUCAAGAAGGCCGCCUCCUCGCCUGCCGCCGCUUCCAGCUCCGCCUCGGCCGCCUACGAGGACAUCCCCAUCAGCGGCAUGCGCAAGACCAUUGCCAACCGCCUGCAGGAGCCUCAACGCCUCGAGCGAGGGCAAGUACAAGCUGUCCGUCAACGACUUCCUCAUCAAGGCCAUCGCCGUCGCCUCCAAGAAGGUGCCCCAGGCAACUCGAGCUGGCGCGGCGACGUCAUCCGCCAGUCCUCGACCGUCGACGUCUCCGUCGCCGUCUCGACGCCCACCGGCCUCAUCACCCCCAUUGUCACGGGCGUCGAGGCCCGCGGCCUCGAGUCCAUCUCCUCCCAGGUCAAGCAGCUCGCCAAGCUCGCCCGCGACGGCAAGCUCAAGCCUGAGCAGUACCAGGGUGGCACCAUCUCCAUCUCCAACAUGGGCAUGAACCCCGCCGUCGACAACUUCACCGCCAUCAUCAACCCCCCUCAGUCCACCAUCCUCGCCAUCGGCACCACCCAGAAGGUCGCUGUCCCCGUCGAGAACGAGGACGGUACCACCGGCUUCGAGUGGGACGAGCAGCUCAAGGUCACCGGCAGCUUCGACCACAAGGUCGUCGACGGUGCCAUUGGCGCCGAGUGGCUCAAGGAGUUCAAGAAGGUCCUCGAGAACCCCCUGCAGCUGCUGCUGUAA